GAUGCUGGUGACAUCGUGAAAGGAAACCUCAAGUUAAUUCUGGGUUUAAUAUGGACGUUGAUCUUGAAAUAUCAAAUCUCCAUGCCCAUGGGCGACUACGAAUUCGACGACGACGAUGGCAAGGCGGCCAAGAAGAAAGACCGUGGAAUGACCCCCAAACAAGCCUUGCUGGCGUGGGUGAAGAGCAAGAUGCCGCCGGAAAUCCCAAUGAAUAAUUUCACCACGGAUUGGAACGACGGCCGGGCCAUUGCGGCUUUGGUCGAUGCGGUAGAACCAGGACUCUUCCCUGACGUAGAUCCCGAAGAUUUGGAUCCCAAUGACGCCGUGAACAAUGCCAAGAAAGCGAUCGAGACUGCUGAGAAGUACCUUGGAGUUCCGCCUGUAAGUUAGAGCUGAUUCUUCGCUGGAAAAUUUGAUCCAUUUGGCUUUCUAAGUUUUCUAGAAAAUGUCCGCGCUUUUUCUGGAAUAUUUUCUUACUUUAGAAGCGUGCAACAUUUCGGAAGUUGAAUUUUUCCAAUCCAACUUUUUUUUGGUAUACAGGGUGUAUCAAAAUAAACGCAAUUCAUCUUUUGUGCUUAAUAACUUUCGAAAUACUAUUUCUAGUUAAACGCUUUUAGGCUUACUUCAAAGCCUGUUCUUUUCUCUUUCAAACAAACUAUUAUCCUUGUCUCCAGUGCUAGUAAUAAUUGCACAGGAAAAGAUUUAGUAAAACCUAUCAUUUUUAGUUGCUGUUUAAUUAUGCAAGUUUACUAUGUUAAUGUUUAGUCGGUUUAAAUGUUAGAAUUUUCUUCUUUAAACUUUAAUGCUGUCGUCACUACAUCUGGAAAACCACGUAAGAACAAAUUAAAAGUAUUUUAAAAGAGACCGGGUUGUUUGAAAAUCCUAAACAAAUGCUAAAAAUCGUCAAAACAUUCUGGUGUCCGAGCCAGAGUGUCAUCGAAUUGCGAUGUAAUGUAAACAGAAAUUAUAGCAAGUUGAUGUCAGUCAGCUUAGAUGGUCCAAGUCAAAAUUAGAUCGCAUUUGAAGUUUCAAACUGAGUUAAAAAUAGUGGAAGAAAAGCCGUAAUUAUACUUAUUGUUACGAUCCAUUUAAUAAAAUGCAACAUUUUUUUGUUUUAAUGAAAAAAUCAGUUAUUUUCAUGAGAGCGAUUUGUUAUUCCAUCUCAAUUUUUUUAAUCUCCAAUCGCAAUAAGGUAAAGUAUUAUUACCCGCGAACCAAUGAGUCAAAUUUAAGAAACAACCCACUGUUAGAAAGCUGAAUGGCUACGCUUUAAAAUGAAUGCAAGCUUUAACGUUUUCGUGUAUUAUUUGUUUAGCAAUUUACAUUUCAGUCGAGGAUUGCGCUUUUUUGAUACACCCUGUAUACGUAAAAACGCACAAGUCUGCAAACAAGUUGUUACAAGUCUGUUCAGAAGCUGUCGUCAACACACAUAAAAAUCUCACAGCUUAUCAACAAGAUGUGUUCGCAACAGGCUUGUAGCAAGCUUGUCGACAAGUUGUAAACAAUGCUGUUAUUUUAUCAAGUUGUUACAAGGUUGUCACUCAUAACUUGUUGAAAAAUUGGUGAGCAGCAGGACGAUAACAAGUUGGUGGAACAACUUGUAACAAGUCUGUUGAGCUCAAUAACCUUGUAGCAUGUUGCCAACAAGCCGCUGACAACUUGUCAACAAGCUGGGAACAAGCAGUGCGAACACACAUCCUGUUGACAAGUUGUUGGAACAGCAUUGCUUCAAGUCUGCUGCAGGUUUGUUACAACUUGUGCGUUUUUACGUCUGUAACUUUGUUCGUACCGCUUGUUCCCAGUUAUUGUAACAAAGUUUGGAACAAGUUGAUAACAACUUGUAACAAGCUUGGUGGCAUUAUUAGACUUGUUACAAGGUUGUUCUAACAAGUCUGAUACAGUCAUGACAUAACACGAAUGUUACAAGUUUGACGACACAAGGUUGUAACAAUAUUGUUAUAUCAUGACUGUAUCGGACCUGUUAGAACAACCUUGCUACAAGUCUGAUAUAAUAUCAACAAGGUUGUUACGACUGUUAACAAGUUGUUCCAAACUUGUUGACAACUUGGGACAAGCAGUGCGACCACAACUUGUUGAUGGCUUGUUGGCAGACUAGCUACAAGAUGUGAGAUUACAACCUUGUGUCAUCAAACCUUGUAACAUUCUUGUUAUAUCAUGAUUGUAUCAGACUUGUUAGAACAACCUUAAGACAAAAUCAUGCCAUCAAAAUUGUUACAAGUUGUCAAACUUGUUGCAACAACUGGGAACAAGCAGUGCGAACACAACUUAUCGACAGCUUGUGAACAUACCUGUAACAACUUGUGCGUUUUUGCGUGUGUAUAGAUUGUCCUAUCAUACGGCAGGACUAACAAUGUUUAUUUUUAAUCUCCCUAGGUCCUCGAUGCUGCAGAUAUGUGCAAUCCUAAGGUGGACGAAAUGAGCGUCAUGACUUAUGUUUCGUAUUUCCCCGAGGCCAAGUGCAAAGCUGGUGCCCCUCACCGACCACAGCUCCCCGCAGCGGCCAAGUGCUCAGCCGAGGGGCCAGGCGUCACCCCUGAAGGCCUUGUUGCUAAGCAACCUGCCCCCUUCACCGUGUUCACCGCGGGCGCAGGCAAAGGAACUCCCCAAGUUAACGUGUUUGGACCUGAACGAAGUAACAUCACAUGUGAAGUUGUUGAUAAUGGAGACAAGACAUUCUCGUGCUUGUACUCACCACCAGAACAAGGUAAAUCAUUGUCAAUAACAAUAAUAUUUUUACAUUUUGCAUUAUAUAUGUUUUGUGUGUUGUACUGCCCAUACAAUUAUUAACUGAUAUUUUGGAGAGCGACCUAGAAUUUUUGCGCAGUUAACAAUCAGCGCUAAUUAUGCUAAUUUUAUACUAUCUUUUCUCAGGUAUCUACGAUAUUCAUAUCAAAUGGAAAGGUCGUCAUAUCCCUAAAAGUCCCUUCCGCGUCAAGGUGUCCUCAGAUCUGGACUCGAGCAAAUGUUACGCUGAGGGGCCUGGCCUUCAAUCUGGCAUUAUUGAACAUCAAUGGACCAAUUUCACCGUGUUCACCAAAGGUGC